CUUUUGUGAGUACCUCCGAGUCUCCUCCCGUCUUUUGUCUCCCAUGUUUUCAGUCAGCCCCAAACUAAGGGUUCCUGUAGUAUAACUGAACCUCAUCAGUCGGCAAAGUCCUUGUCGACUUCUCCGGCCUCUGAUUGUCAAACAAAUGCACGUUGGCCAUGAGGGGGAGGAGCAACACAAAUUCCAACAUAUUGUUGGUUAAAGACAAUUACAAAGUUGGCUUACUAUCAGCUGUAGACUAUAUCAAGAAUUAGAGGACAUGUGUCCCAGCAGGACUUGGAAAACGCUGAAAGUCGUCCAUAUUGAUGCUUUAAACUGUGUGGACGGUGCUAUUGCAGGUUGUUUCAGGCUCACAGCAGCAACACCUGACCAUCAAAUGACUAAAGUGACCGAAGGAUGAGGGCUUACAGUUUCAGCCUGCAUUUCAGCCUGCAGAUGUGUCUGCAGAUAUCUUGUGUUUAUGUUUUUAACAGCUGACCUUUUUAUUUCAAACUGCCUGACUUUACGUGUUUGUAUCAAUGUUUUCACAUCAUAGCAGUCCGCUUCGUUCUUUGGCUCUGCCCAAUGACGCUAAUCUAUCAACUGAGGUGUUACCACCACCACAGCAGCUCAGUCAGUGUGAACUUCAUUUUGAAAAAAAUCUAACUGUCAAAUUUAGGGUUACAUGAGCAGCAUGAAUAGGCCACACAGGAAGAAGCCCCUCCUCAGUUACACUUCAGUUCAGCUUGGUGUUCAGACAGUCAACAUGGAGGUCGACGCGCUCUGCAUCAAACUCUUGGUCCACGUGUUAUUCCUGCUGUGUGCACAUGUUCAGGAUGUUGAUUCACUGAUUCUCCGUCUUGAACCAAACAGACUGCAGUUCUUUGAAUACGAGUCUCUGAUCUUCCAUUGUGAGGGCUCUCAUGACUCGACUGGAUUGAAAAUUGUACAUCGGUCCAAAGGGGAAUUACUCAAAUGUAACACUACAGUGACAUCAAAAAGGUCAUCCUGCACUAUUCCUAUUAUUUUUCCACAGGACAGUGGGCAAUACUGGUGUGAGUCCAGAGAUGGGAAGAGAAGCGACAUCAUCCAGAUCAAUGUUACUGAUGGUCCUGUGAUCCUGGAGAGUCCCAUCAGUGUGGUGGAGGGAGAAGCUGUGACUCUGCGCUGCAGACACAAGACGACCUCAUCCAAUCUCUCAGCCGAUUUCUACAAAGAUGGCCGUUUUAUCAGAAGAAGCUCUACAGGAAACAUGAGCAUCCCCAGUGUUUCCAAAUGUGAUGAAGGAUUGUACAAGUGUAGCAUCUCUGGAGGAAGAGAAUCAGCCGAGAGUCUGAUGGCUGUCCAAGACAACCAGGGAGAGAAUGCCUCAUCCUAUUCUACCCCAUGGAUAGUUAUGACUGUUUUAUCUAUUCUGUUGUUGCUGGUUGGACUUCUCCAUUUCGGCAAAUAUAUUCGGAACAAAGUUUCAGUCACUGUUGAGGCCCGUCGAGUGGCAGCAGAUGCACCAAGCGACCAAGUGAUGUAUGCUGCGAUUACAAUAGACAGGACAAAGAGAGAGCAAGGAGUAUCCAGAGUAAUGACGGCGACAGUUCACUCAGCUGGUACAAACCGACCUUUGACACAGGAACCCCUCUAUUCUUUGAUCAAGUCGCAGCAUGACGGCUGACUGAAGGACGAGCAGCACAUGAGACGUUUGGUUGAACCUGAUGUGUGAAAAAACACUUUUUAUUUUAUUUUGCAUUGUAGAAAUGCUUUUCGUGCUUUGCGCCCUACAUGUGUUGAUGCUUAAAGAUAUAUUAAAGAGAUGCGUUUUGUAUUUUCAGAUGUAUUAUCUGUUAUUAUAUAGUGACAGUUAAACCCACAUGUUCCAUCUGCUGUGUGUAUUUAUGUGAGUGUGAAACUGUGGUCAACCACCACCUUGAUGCUGCAGCUUCACUUUCAUCUGAAGCACGCUGAUCGAGUCCAAAUAAAGAAAUGAGUCUGACACUUUAAGUCUAACGUGGUUGUAAAUGUCAUACAUGAGAAGACAGAAAAUAACUGUGCCAUUAAAGAAGUGUACUGGUG